UACACACACACUCACACGCACACACACUCACACACACACUCACACACACACUGGGACUAUAUUUGGGACUGAGCGGAGAGAGAAACAGUUGAUGACGGAGCUGCUGGACGUUUCUGUCAAACACCGGAAACAACACACAGACUGACUGUGGCUGAAACCCGAUUCCCUCCAACUAUUGAUCAGACUAUCGAUCAGCAGGAGCCAUAAGACACUGCUGAUCGGGCUGAAGACCAACAGAUACAGACAUGAUCCCUUAUUCUCCCUAAGAAACUGACCAAUCAGCAGUCAGGAUGAUGCCCAAGCAGCUGGCUCAGACAUCUCCAGGGAGUGUGUUGUCGCUGAGAGGGCCCAGUAUCCCAGGAUCCCCUGCUGCCGCCAUUGUGGCCAGGGUGGAGGAUGGGGUCAUCGGCUAUAAGGACUUGGCGGCGUUACCCAGAGACAAAGCGAUCCUGGACAUCGAGAGACCAGACCUGAUGAUCUACCAGCCGCACUACAGCUACAGUCCUCUGGAGAGGUCCUUGUCUCCUCGCUCCAGCUCUCCUCCCCCCUCCCCAGAGAACCUGUCCAAGGAGUGGCUGGAGAACCGGUCUCCUGGAGGAUCCUCUCCCGGCUCCACCAUCCAGACCAGCAGAACGCACAGCACGCACACGCCGCCAACACCACACACACCAAACACACCAAACACACCACACACACACCUGUCUGGUACCAAGAGCGCCGUGCAGCACUUCCACAGGCCCGAAAAUGGUUCCAACAUCUACAAGAAGCCUCCGAUCUACAAACAAGAUGCCUCGUCCUCUGUCGUCCCUCAGGGGAAACACAUCGAGGAUCUGAUCAUCGAGUCGUCAAAGUUUCCAGCAGCUCAGCCUCCGGACCCGAACCUGCCCUCCAAGAUAGAGACCGACUACUGGCCCUGCCCCCCCUCGCUGGCUGUGAUUGAGAAGGAGUGGAGGAGGAAGGAGCAGAGGGAUGAAGAUGAGGAGGAGGAGCUGGAUGAUGAGCUGUGGGGACUCCGAGCUCUUCAGAAACAAGAACUCAACAAGAUUCAGUCUAAUCUGGGUAAAAUCAUCCUGAAGGAGGAGUUGGAAAAGUCAGCAGCUCCUCUGAGGAGGAAAACCCGCUCUCUACCGGACCGCAGCCAAAACACCGGGUCCAACGUCUCCAAGUCUGUGUAUUUCCCAGCGUCCUCUAAGAGCGGCCUGUCCAGGCUGCAGUCAGCAGAGUUCAGCUCCUCAGAGAAAACUCCAGCAGCUUUUCAGAACGGAGAUUCCAGGAUGGACAGAGGAAACUCUCUCCCCAGCAUGUUGGAUCAUAAGGUGACAGCGGUCUUCCCCUAUGAGACGCUGGUGGUGACGCACAGAGGACGGAGCAAACUGCCCCCUGGUGUGGACAGGACCAAGCUGGAGAGACACCUCUCUCAGGAGGAGUUCUUCAGUGUUUUUGGGAUGUCCAUCGAGGAGUUCGACGGCCUGUCGCUCUGGAAGAGGAAUGACCUGAAGAAGAAGGUCUGUCUCUUCUGACGUCGCUGGGACUCCACUUCCCACAAUCCCCUGCUUUUCUCGGAUCGCUGGCAGGAUCCUGAAACCCCAGACUCUGGACAAAAUGUCAUAAUCAGCAGCACAAAUACCACCACCAUCAUCAUCAUCAUCACCACCACAGCAGCAGCAGCUCGCUGUGGGACGGUGUGUCGAAGUCACAGGUUCGAUGUCGACUCAGUGAAGGUUUGAUGCUGCAAACGUUAAAUCAUCUGUUUUAAAGCUGAUCAGAAAAUAAGCUUCAGUCUCUGGACGUCUGUUUAAGUUCAUUAACAACAAAACUACUGAGCACAAAUGAUCAUUGUGAGGAUUUUAGAGCGGGAGUGACGGAUCUGGACGCACAGAGCAGGAGAGAAAUCAACGUUUGGCUUUUAAUCUUAAAAAUGACAUCAUCAUAGUUUUGAAAGUUUGUCUCCCUCGUAUUCAAACUCCAGAGGAAAAUAAUUAGCUUUGACUGUAGAACGCAGGUUGCUAAAACCACAUUCUCAGACUGUUGGACUUAAAGGAGCUAUUUGUAAGUUCUGCUUUUGCUACAUAGCUAGCGUUAGCAUUAGUAGCUGUUUACUC